AUGAGUACGAUAUUUACAAGUGAAGAGAGAAAACAAAAUGGUUUAUCUCUACUAGAAAAAUAUAAUGGAAUUGAUGAUGAAUGUUUUGAAGGAAGUAAUGAUCUUGUUGAUAUUAAUAUACCAACAACUAUUGAGUGGAUAGGAGAGAAUUGUUUUAAAGAAUGUACAAAAUUAACAUCAGUUACUAUUCCAACAACAGUUACUGAAAUAGGAAAUAGAUGCUUUAAAGGUUGUUCGUCAUUAGUAACAAUUAAUAUACCAUCAUCGAUUAAUAAAAUAAGGUAUGAAUGUUUUAGUGAAUGUACAUCACUUGUUUAUAUUAAAUUCCCAACAUCAAUUACAUCAAUAGGAAAUGAAUGUUUUAAUAAUUGUUACAAUCUAAAGAAAAUUAAUAUACCUACUUCAAUUAAAGAACUUGGAAUUAAUUGUUUUAGUGGAUGUUCAUCAUUAAGAA